GAACUCCUUCCCUGCCCUCCUUUUCUGUUCCCAUUCUCAGCCACGUGCAGAGCCGAAACAGAAGGAACGCCGUCACCUCACUUCUUCAAAGCCGGCAAAGGAAAGACGCGCAGGGCUCGCAACGGACAAGGCAAAGGGCUUGGGCUGCUGAGCCACCGCGCUCCGACGGAAAGCGCCGAUUGGGCAAGGAGGGGAGGGGAUCGCGCCGCAGGAGCAGCCCCCUCUCCGCUCACUGGCUCUUGCUGCCUCUCGGCAGGCGCCGAUUGGAGAGAAGGGAACCCCCUGUGUCGGAGUCUGCCCGAAGCUAAGCCGCUCGCCAAGGCAAAGCAAGUUCUAUAGAGGAGCCCGGGCACAUGGUCGAGAACAAGCGGCAAGGACUUCGCCGCUGCAACCCCAGCCAUUUGGAUUAAAGGCUUCUCACGCGGUAGCUGAGCAGCGAGAGGAAAACAAGAGAGGAGCGGGAAAUGAAACAAAACAAAAAACAACCAGGUACCUCUUAUGCCAUUUCUCUUGUGAAGGCUAUUCAAUAGUGGAGACCUUUUUUAAUCGAACACUCCACAAAUUAUUAUCUCUGGACUCCCAGCUGACAUCCUGCUGGAGACUACAGCUGCUAAGCCAACUGGAACAGUGCCCACUCUCCUGUCAAAGUUUUUUUAUUUAUUUUUUCCUUACACAGGGAGAGGAAGAAAAAAAAUGAAGUUUGGCAAAGUGGAGUUCUGCCAUUUUUUGCAGAUAAUAGCUCUUUUCCUCUGUCUUUCUGGGAUGAGUCAAACAGAACUCCCAAGAUCCAGGUCAAAGACCUAUUUCCAAUCUGGGAAAUCGCGAACCAAGCGCAGCUGGGUGUGGAAUCAGUUCUUUGUACUGGAGGAAUACAUGGGAACUGAUCCCCUCUAUGUAGGAAAGCUUCACUCUGAUGUUGAUAAAGGAGAUGGCUCCAUCAAAUACAUCUUGUCAGGAGAAGGGGCAAGUUCCAUUUUCAUUAUUGAUGAGAACACGGGGGAUAUUCAUGCUACAAAGAGGCUCGAUCGGGAAGAACAGGCCUACUACACCCUCCGAGCACAAGCACUAGAUAGACUGACAAGUAAACCUGUGGAACCUGAGUCGGAAUUCGUCAUUAAGAUUCAGGACAUCAAUGACAAUGAACCUAAAUUUCUGGAUGGUCCUUACACUGCUGGAGUGCCUGAAAUGUCUCCUGUGGGAACCUCAGUGGUACAAGUUACAGCUACUGAUGCAGAUGAUCCUACAUAUGGUAACAGUGCCAGAGUGGUUUACAGCAUUCUUCAAGGACAGCCUUAUUUUUCUGUGGAACCAAAGACAGGUAUUAUCAAAACCGCACUUCCCAACAUGGACAGAGAAGCAAAAGACCAGUAUCUACUUGUCAUUCAAGCAAAGGAUAUGGUUGGUCAAAAUGGGGGGCUCUCUGGGACCACUUCUGUCACCGUCACCCUUAUGGAUGUCAAUGAUAAUCCUCCCCGCUUUCCUCGCAGAUCGUAUCAAUAUAAUGUCCCAGAAUCACUACCUAUGGCUUCAGUGGUGGCUAGAUUAAAGGCCGCAGAUGCUGACGUGGGACCUAAUGCUGAAAUGGAAUAUAAAAUUGUGGAUGGUGAUGGCUUGGCAGUUUUCAAGAUUUUGGUUGACAAGGAGACACAAGAAGGAACAAUUACAAUACAGAAGGAGCUGGAUUAUGAAGCCAAGGCCAGCUAUACUUUGAGAAUUGAAGCAGCAAAUAAGCAGGUCGAUCCUCGCUUUUUAAGCCUUGGGCCAUUUAGUGAUAUGACCACAGUGAAGAUUAUUGUGGAAGAUGUAGAUGAACCACCUGUAUUUACCUCACGUUUGUAUACCAUGGUGGUUUCCGAAGCAGCCAAAGUGGGUACCAUCAUUGGAACUGUUGCAGCCCAUGACCCAGAUGCAUCUAACAGCCCUGUCAGGUACUCAAUAGAUCGAAACACAGACCUGGAGAGAUAUUUCAAUAUCGAUGCCAACAGUGGGGUGAUUACCACUGCGAAGCCGUUGGACAGAGAAACAAAUGCUGUUCAUAACAUCACUGUCUUGGCUAUGGAGAGUCAAAACCCCUCACAAAUUGGGAGGGGAUAUGCGGCCAUCAGUAUCCUUGACAUCAACGACAACGCUCCCGAGUUUGCAAUGGAUUAUGAAACUACUGUCUGUGAAAAUGCAGAACCUGGCCAGAUAAUUCAAAGAAUCAGUGCUGUUGACAAGGAUGAUCCACCUAGUGGUCAUCAGUUUUCCUUCAGUUUGGCAGGAGAGGCUGCAAAUAACCACAACUUUACAUUGCAAGAUAAUAAAGACAACACGGCAUCUAUUCUAACCAGAAGAAAUGGAUUUCGGAGGCAGGAGCAGUCAGUUUACUAUUUGCCAGUGUUCAUUGUGGACAGUGGCUCUCCUUCACUGAGCAGCACCAAUACACUCACUAUCCGUGUGUGUGACUGUGAUGCAGAUGGCAUCGCUCAAACAUGCAAUGCAGAGGCCUACAUCUUGCCGGCAGGACUUAGCACGGGGGCACUCAUCGCAAUACUGGCUUGUGUUCUGACAUUGCUAGUGCUUGUCCUGCUCAUUGUUACCAUGAGACGACGGAAAAAAGAGCCCCUUGUUUUUGAUGAAGAGAGAGAUAUCAGGGAAAACAUAGUCAGAUAUGAUGAUGAGGGAGGUGGCGAAGAAGACACGGAGGCCUUUGAUAUGGCUGCCUUGAGGAACCUCAACAUCAUGCGAGACACCAAGGCCAGGAGGGAUGUGACUCCAGAGAUCCAGUUCUUGAGUAGACCAUCAUUUAAAAGCAUCCCGGACAACGUCAUUUUUCGGGAAUUCAUUUGGGAAAGACUAAAAGAGGCUGAUGUGGAUCCCUGUGCUCCACCAUAUGAUUCCCUGCAGACAUACGCAUUUGAGGGAAAUGGUUCAGUGGCUGAGUCACUCAGCUCUUUAGAUUCUAUCAGUUCAAACUCAGAUCAGAAUUAUGAUUACCUCAGUGACUGGGGGCCUCGCUUUAAACGGCUUGCAGACAUGUAUGGAACUGGACCAGAAAAUUUGUAUUCAUAGCCUUUGAACCUUUCUAUGACAAUGCACUAAAGAAAAAGAAAAUAAAAACUCAAUAUCUGGACUAAGGAAAAUCUGUAAAUAUUUCUCCAUUUUUAACCUUUUUGGUUUUUUUGCCUUGGUGAAGCAUAUCUUCAUUAGAACUUUGUCCUAGGGACUGCACUGAACACACAGAUUCUGAGCAUCCAGUGGCAUUUUUGGUAACAUUAAGAUGCUUGGGCAUGUGCAAAUAGAUAGCAACACUCGUAUACCUGCAGAGGCAACUAAUCUCUAAGAGUAAGUAAUGCACUGUGACCUCAAUGAGCCAAUGUUAUCCUGUAGAUGCCUUCACAGUACUGCUGGGUCUACGCUUAGUCUUCUUAGUGGAGAGAAGGGGAAAAUCGUUUGCCACUGAACAAUGUUAAAACAAUAUAUACUACUGAUGCAAAGUUAAUUCUUUUAUUUACAGUGUUGCAUGCAGUUUGCUGGCUCAAAAAAAUCUAACACAAUGACUUUUUUAAAUGUUGGCUUUAAAUGCUAUUUAGUUCAAAAGCCUCUGCAAAUAGCUGGGCAAUUCUAGAACUAGAUUGCAAUUCCUACUAUGAAAAUCUGUAACAUAUCCCAUUGCCUUAUCAAAAUUGUUACCAGGGUACGUCAAAUCAGAUAGCUAGAAAAUGAUUCUCACAAUUUUGUGAUGCCUAUGUAGGUAUGGGGGGAAGUUGCUAUCUAUUUACAGGUUUUUUAUUAUUAUCUCUCCUGAUUAGUACAGGAGAACUUAUCCAUUUUUUAUUUGUUUUUAAAUAAAACGUUGACAUGUAGAGUUAUGUUUAUUUUGGAGCUCCAGUCUCCAUCACAUUCAGGUUUACUAUACUGCACCAUGGUAUUAGAUGCUUGAGAACAUACUGUUUUUUCCUCCAGUCUCAGCUACAUGAAGGAAAUGAAGCAUGGAAAUAGAGAAAUUACAAUGAAGCAAUUGAGCCCGUCAUUCAUCUCUCUGAGAGGAACACUGCUACAAGGACACACUGCUGUCAUUGUUCUUCUGAGCCAUUACAAUGUCUGAGAUAUUUAAAUAAAAUGUUUGUACUUUGCAUUUUCAAAAGGAGACUACAGAGGCAGGCAGGAGUGUCUAUAAUGCAAGUUGUAGCUUUCAAGGUCAUCCAUUCUAUGUGCUCCAACAAUUUAAACAAACCUGCGCCUUCCAUCAAGUUCCCUAGCUCUUUUGCUGCUGCAGAAUCACAGCAAAAGACCCCUUUACAUUUCUUUCAUAUGUUAAGCAGUGUGAUGCGAUUAGCACCAGAAUCCAUCUUCAGAUCCUUACGCACAUAAGUAUUUUGCCCCAGGGAGCUAACUUCAUAACACAUCAUCUCUGUGCUGGUUCAGGUGUGCCAUACUCGAAGGAUGAUUGCAGUCGGUUAAAAUAAUGUUGGGUUUUUUGAAGUAGGAUUUCUUAGAAUAUAACAAGUUUUUAUGAUUCAGGCAAUAUUUAUAUUUUAGCUGUCCUGAUUUAUUACUAGCAAAUAAGACAUGGAUUCAAUUAGAAUAGUGCUUUAUUUUAAUAAUCUUUUCCUAUUUUUGUCUCCCCCCAUUUUUUUCCUCUGAAGAUUGGUUGUUGAGUUCCUGAACAAUCCAGAAAAAAUUCACCCAAAUGCUUAGUUUUUUAGACUUCUUACAUAUCAAAAUAGUGCUGGAACUUAAGAGUUUACAGAACUAGCAUUCUGCCAGAACCUCCCCCCCCCACCAGUUUCUCAAAAUAUUUAUUGCCCUGUGAAAGAGGCUUCUGCUUUUCUGCCUCAUUCUCAAGGUGCUUGAAAGUUGCAUCAGAAUUGUUUCAGAAUUUUGGUGAGUGAACAGCUUAUUUUAUCAUUCUAAAGUGGCUAAGGGUAGCAUGUGACUCUGUGUGUUUUUCUUUCCAGUAAUCAUUUCUCCAGCACUCUGCAGUCUCCCUGGCUGCCUGCAUGUCUUAUAUGCAAAAAAGCCCCAUGGGAAAAGGCUGCUAAAUUACUAAGAUUAGUGCUCUUGUUUUUAAAGGAAGUCCUUCUUAUUACCUUAAAAAAAUAUUCACUGAUUUCUUUAAAAGUAAAGGCUUCACUUAAAAAUAUAAUAACAACAGCUAUCAGUUUGUCUCCACCAUCCUGCAUUUACAGGAAAGCUAAGCAGAGAACUUCAUAUGAUUUUCAGGAAAGGUGAGCACCCAGGAAGGCUUCAUAGUGCAGAUUGCUGGAGAGAUGAUUUGUAGAAUGAGAGAAAGGACACUCACAAACACCUCUUGGUCACCUUGAAAGUAAGGUAAGCACAGCAAAACCCAGCACCCACCCGUGAAAAUUUCACAUAUUUCUGCUUUGAUAAAUUCUGGAUGCAGUGUAUUUUCUUAUUAAUUGAUGCAGUCAAAAAGUGCAGGAGAAGUUACUGUCCUAGCACUAACUAGGGCCUGAGUUUGGAGAAAAUAGGGACUCCACACUGUAGGGUUCUUAGAUUCUGUUAUUGUGAGCCUCCCUGAGCCAGGAUGCAAAUAGUUUUGAUCAUACGCAAACUUUGUAGCAAGAUAAAUUCUUUAGCUGAGCUAUCUCUUCUCCUAGUCAUAAAAAAUGUAUAAAAAGCUGCACUGAGAGAAGAACCAUAGACUCUCUUAAUGUGCUUUGAAGCACAAUAAAAAGACAAAUGCCCUUUAAAAUGUAAGCAGUUUCUCACAUCUGAAAGCCAUCAACCACCAACACAGCUUCCCACUUAGUUGGAGUGUUUUACAAGUUCACUCUCUGCCAACUGAACAAAUCAAACACAUACACAACUGAGGCAGGAUGAUGUCUGAAUAAAGUCUGUGCCUUCCCUAGCAACUAUUGACACUACCAUAGGGAGGUCCAUCUUACAUUCUGAGAACGCACUUUAUAGAAGGUGAUCUUCUGAAACUUCUUUUUGUAAAAGGACUUUUGUGGGGAAAGAAUAUUGACUACAGCUGUAACGUGAUGAAGGGGGAAAUUACCUGUAAUUCUUGCAGCUCAGCGUUAUUAAUUAACUAUAUGAAAGUGGCCUUCAGCUUCAUAAAAAGUAUACAAUUUGUUCAUGCACAACACAAUUCUUUACCUUGGGUAACUUU